AUGCAACGACUCUCAAGGGCAUUCCCUUCCGUAAAGCACCCACACCCUAAAUCCCCAAAAAUAUCAUCUUUGCCACGAUCGCUGCCAAUCAAAUCAGACGAAGCAACAUCGAACUCUCCAUCAAAAUCAAGAAGGUCAUGGUCUGUGUAUCUCAUCCUUUCCACCAAUACCCCCAUAAAGACCUACGUUGGUGUCACCACUGAUUUCUCUCGCCGUUUGAGACAACAUAAUGGUGAACUAAAAGGGGGUGCAAAAGCAUCCUGUGCUGGAAGACCAUGGAUUUGUGCAUGCCUAAUACAUGGUUUCAAGGACCAAAGUAAAGGCACUGGCCCUGAGUUAUUCCAGCCCUUCUAG